AUGCUGGAGCCAGCAGCUUCUGAGAAUGGGAGCGUGGAGGCACCAAACAGGGGCAGGAGCAGGAGCAGCAGGCCCAAGGCAGCCCUGCCAAAUCCACCUAGGAAAAGCAGGAUCAAGGCGCUGGCAGCGUUGAAUCCUCGAGAUUCUGUGCGCAUUCAGGCUUUGCCUGGCGUCGCUCAGAGGGAAGGAAAGGUCUUGGCCAGAAGCAGUGAACCUCCAAGGGAACAAGUGUUUUGGGAAAACUACCAUAGGAGGCAAAAGCAGUUCACACAGGGAUACUUCACCCCCACUGGGAAGCCUUAUCAGGAGCUUGGAGAGAUUGUCUACACAGACCCAAAGAAACUCACCCUCUACUCACUGGGGCAGCUCGCACAGGAACCAGUGAAAAACAAUGUGCAAGAAAAAACACCCAAAGAAGUGGCUGAGGUUACUACUAAGAAGUACUCUUCCGGUCCAAAGUCUUAUCCACCGGAACCGGUCAAGAGGCUCUCCCCAUUUAGAGAAAAAGGAAAGGAGCUGAAGACUCUUAGUAAAGCUGUAGCUCACUCAAGGCCUCACAUCAAUUCUGUGAAGCAAGGUAGAGCAUACUUUCAUACACUUCACCAAGAAUCACAAGAGAGGAAGAACACACUGAAAGCAGACCAGCGGGCUGAAGGCACGAGAACUGCGUUCCAGCCACGCAAAUACUCCUGUGAUCUGGAGGAGCCAAAGGAAGAAAUAAACACUUGCUCCACAGAUGGCAACCACCUCAGAGAGUCAGGGAAGAAGCAAAAAAUGAUGACCUUACGGUCUUUCACUCCUGUUCAUACCAGUGUCUUGAUUCCAAGCCUCCCUGGAGCAAAAAGCAAACGUCUUUUCCAACAACUGUGUGCCAUACACUGGCUUUUGGAAGCUUUGACUCUGAAACCCAACCGUUCGAUGUCUUCCAUAUUAACCUGUUGGAAUCCAUUGGACCCUGGUGGAAGUAAAAAAACAGUAAAAGAAACGGAAGACGACAAGUUAGCAACAUACAUGUGGGAGGUCCUUAUUACAAACACAAAGAAACGCAUCUGGAAAGCACGAUUCAGUCCGCUUAGCAAGAAGGUGAACAAGAAAUCUACACGGGGCAUUUCUCAUCUCAGCGGUCAGUCAUCUCCCUGCCGCCAAAGCCCUUAUGGCAGUGCCAUUUCCACUGUCCUUUGCUCUGAAGACAACGUCAAGAUUAACGUAGCUUCAUCUGAUGUUAUGAGUGAGCCAGCACAAGCUGAAGAACCAUCAUCUCUUUCCCCCUUCCUACAGCAAGUCAUCCAGAGAAUGCGGGAAGAGAUGACAAAAGGUGCCCGUCAACAAGAUACGGUUAAGAAGACUGGACUGCAGCGUUUGACAGUGGCUCAGAAGAACUACAGAGUAGGCAUGCCAUCCAUUAAGGACAAAGAGAAUAUGAUAUCAACGAAGCAGAGGCCCAGAAGAGAAAGGUGAGGUUGCAGCUGCGAUGUCAGCUCUUUCAUUAAAAGUAAAGCUAAUUUGUGUGCUGAUAGGAGGCAGAAGUUCACAGCAGUACAAGAAGCAGCAGCUGGUCGCUUACAUGACACCCUAGAGAGCCUCGAGAGGAGGCCGGAAGAACGAUAUUAUCAGCAAUACCAGUCUUUGAAACAAUUGAGGUAUUCUAGAAGAGACAUAGAAAGAUUAAGACAGCUGUACAUGAGAUAUAAAACAGAACCUGAAGAAGAUGAGCUAAACUGGUUUCGCGUGUUGCUUGCCAGACUCCCAGAGUCUGUGAAGAGUGACCAUUAUGUACAGAAAAUAUUAAAGAAACUGGAAAAAUAUGGCAAGACUCCUGGCUUGGAAAUUCAUCCAGACACCUUUCUUAAGGUUCUGGGUAAUCUACAAGUGUGGGAGCUGUGUUCUCCAGAAAUUGCUGCAGCUGUGGAGUUUGUACGUGAAAGUAUUGUGCAGAUGCCAGAGGAGGAUUUCAGCGCAUGGUUUCAGACAAGAGUAGCCUCCCUCAGUGCACAGCCCUCCACUGUUUAA